AUGGCAGAGACCGCACCAGCCGCACCUCCUGCUGAAAGCGCCGCUCCUGCCAAGAAGCAGCCGAAGAAGAAGGCGGCUGUAUCUGGGGGAGCCAAGAAAAGCCGCCCAGUAAAGUCCGGUCCCAGCGUGUCCGAGCUGAUUUUCAAUGCUGUAUCCGCUUCUAAAGAGCGCAGCGGGGUCUCCCUGGCAGCUCUCAAGAAGGCUCUGGCUGCGGGAGGUUACGAUGUGGAGAAGAACAACAGCCGUCUCAAGGUGGCGCUCAAAGCCUUGGUGAGUAAGGAGCGGCUCGUCCAGCUGAAAGGCAGCGGUGCCUCCGGCUCGUUCAAGCUGAACAAGAAGCAGCUGCAGAGCCAAGAGAAAGUGGCCAAGAAAAAAGCGCCAGCAGCAAAGGCCAAACCCAAGAAAGCAGCAAAGCCAAAGGGGACAGCGGCCAAGUCCCCCAAGAAGGCUCCAUCUGUGCCAAAGAAAAGCCCCAAAAAGGUCAACAAACCUGCGGGCAAAGCCAAGGUCGCUCCUGCAAAAAGCCCAAAGAAGCCUAAAGCCGUCAAGCUCAAGAAGGUAGCAAAAAGCCCCGCUAAGAAAGCUGCCAAGAGUCCGGCUAAAAGGGCCGCCAAAGCCAAGAAGGCGGCUGCUAAAAAGUGAUCCAUCUCACUGCUUAUUCCUCACACCCAAAGGCUCUUUUAAGAGCCAGCAACUCGUUCAAACAGAGCUGUGAUCUUUCCAUUCACUGUAAUGUAAUCAAAGUGAAUCUACAAAUUAUUUUAAACAAUCAGCAAUAAAAAUUAACAUCAGUUUAAUAAUUA